CGGACGUACGUCACCUUGCUCCCAGUACUACCAUCAUCAGUGCAGCUUUUGUAGCAUUAUUUUUAAGGGAUCUAGAUCAUGAUCGUACAGUGACUGGAUGGAGACGGUGUCAUCAUCUGUGGGGUCGGGAACCACUCUGAUUGACGGAACCAGACUUUUGAUUUGUCUGGGGUCAUCCAUCUGCUGAGGGGGUACACCUAUGACUUCACAUUGACUUGCUUAGUCGAGCGUUUCAUUUUACUCGUGGGGUCUUUGGCUUCACUGAAGACUAUCCCCCACAGUUUGUAUUUUGUGUUGCCGUUUUCCCAUCAUAAUCACUGAAUUCCUUGGCCUAUUAUUUCUUUUCCGGGGUUGAUCAUCUGUCAUAUGAAGGGGGGUCCGUUUACCUUCUCUGUCACCGCCGGUGCUGGGCGGCCGACAAUCGCCACAUUCCACGGGUAUUCCUUUUCGAUAAAGGGAGAUUAUUGUCGUGCGGGUUUCCACGGUGUCAAAACACGAAGGGUUUAAUAAUCAGGUAUCGAACACGUUUUUGUUAGUCUGUCAGUCCACCGCGAGGGGAGAGCCACCGAGCCUUUUGAGAGUGAAGAAACUCCACGGUGUUGUUGGAAUUUGAGUGCUGGCACAACACAUCAGUGCAAGAACCGAUUAGAAUCACUGCCAAUGAUCCGCUAUAGCCGGAUUAAAAACUGAUUUACAUCCUUUGGAGCUGGGAGAGAGGUAAAAGCGCCAGCAGGAGAAAAACUUACAAACUUAAUUUCGCCAUGGAUGGAAUCGUCACUAAACCGAAUAGCGUGCACUGGAAGCGACCGUCCUGGUACCGCAGACGGACGGGUCUGGAGCGCCGUUUACUCUGGCUGUCAGUUCUGCUGGGUUUCGUGGCGAUAUCUUUAGUUGCCGUUCUUAUGAACGAGUUGUUGACAGACAAGAAAGUUUCAGAAAGAGUUAUUAUUCCAGACCUAUCCGCACAGUGUGCUGAACAGAAGGUGUGUCUAACAGAAGGCUGUGUUGAAGCAGCCGCUGGUUUACUCGUCAACAUGAACACAAAUGCCGACCCAUGUGAAGACUUCUAUGAGUACGCGUGUGGCGGCUGGGUUGCGAGUCGAGUCAUUCCAGAGGAGGAGAGCAAUCUGGAUGUUUUGAAGGAGCUGACGAACAGGCUAGAAUUAAAAUGCAGAGGUCUUAUUUCGAGUAAGGUGAAAGAGGAUGAUCCACCCUCUAAUGUAAAAGCAAAACACCUGUUUCAGGCCUGCAUGAACGAAGACAAAAUAAACGAAAGAGGGUACGAACCGCUCCGAGCUAAGAUCAAACUAUGGGGCGGCUGGCCGCUUAUGAAUGAUUCGUCGUUUGACGAAUCCACGUGGAAUUUGGAAGAUUUCCUCGCGAAGAUUGUGAUGGAAACCGGCGGGAAUUAUCUCAUCCGUACGUACAUAGGCGUGGAUCCACAAAACUCUGGCGAGUAUAUAAUGUUCAUUUCUCAGCCAACAUCAGUAUUAAACAGGAAUGACUACACGGUCGCCAACUUUUCCCAUAGGAAUGUUGUAACAUAUCGAGAAUAUAUCGAGGCCGUUGCCAUAGAGUUGAGCUCAGGGAGCGAUGAUGAAGUGCGCCACCAAGUGGAUGAGCUCCUUCACUUUGAGGCAGCGCUAUCAGGGAUACAGAUCCCAGUGAAUACGAUUAAUGCAGCUACGAUGUACCGAAGGCUGUCAACCAAAGACUUACUACGGGAAGCUCCUGAGAUUGAUUGGGAGAGAUAUUUCGGCAAUAUCGUCAACCCAAACCUUAAAGAAACGGAAUUAGUUGGAACGUUUACCAUGGACUACAUGAAGAGGUUAGGACCCCUCCUGGAGGCCACGCCCACAAGAACAAUAGCGAACUUCUUAAUGUGGAUGUUGGUUAAGGACAGCAUGGCAUUACUUGGGAGGAAACCCCGAAAGCUCGGCGAGGAGUUUGCCUAUCAGGUCAUGGGGGAGCAAGCCGAAAAGGCCCGCUGGAAGCAGUGCUUCUCAUUAGUCAAACACUACAUGAACAACGUCAUGUCUGCACUCUUCGUGGAGGAGUACUUCGAUGAACAAAGCAAGUUUAUGAUGACUGAUUUGCUUCACGACAUACGGGAAAUUCAGCUCGAAACGUUGAACCAGACGGAUUGGAUGGACGAGUCUACAAAAGCUAAGUCCAUUGAAAAAGCACUUGCGGUCCGUGAGCUAAUCGGCUACGCUGACAAAGUUAAGAACCAGACACUGCUUGAGUUGGAAUACGAAAACAUGAUAAGUACGCCAGAUAGUCAUUUUGAAAAUGUUUUUGCGGCUAUGAGGAAUUACGUCAGAGUUUCCUUAGGAUCGUUCAGAAGGCCAGUUGAUUUUUCAAGAUGGCCAGAUAAACUUACAACAUUCCGAGUCAGCGCCUUGUACGAGUAUGCAUUGAACAGAAUAACAUUUCCGGCAGGGAUUAUUCAGCACCCAUUUUUCAAUAGCAAAAAUCCUAGAUCAAUGAAUUAUGGAGGCAUUGGAUUUGUAAUUGGUCAUGAACUCAUGCACGGAUUCGACAACACAGGUCGGUCGUUUGAUAAAAGCGGCAACCUGGAGAAGGUGUGGUCAGAUGGUUCAAUACAGGCGUUCCAUGACAAGACGAGUUGUCUCGUGGAGCAAUAUUCAAACUACACAGUCGAUCAAGUCGGAAGGAAGGUGAAUGGAAAACAGACGUUGGGUGAAAACAUCGCCGAUAACAGUGGUCUAAUGCAAGCCUUUCGGGCAUACCGUAGAUGGGUGGCCCGCAACAGGGCAGAGGAAGCCCCACUUCCAGGAAUAAACGUAACUCACAAUCAACUAUUCUUCCUCAACUUUGGCCAGAUCUUCUGUUCAAUACAUCGUGACCAGUCCAUUAUUCACACGUUACAGUCAAAUAAACACUCGCCGUCAAAAUUUAGAGUUUUAGGGUCUGUUACGAAUUCGCAUGCGUUUGCUGAAGCUUUCAAGUGCAAGUCAAAUUCACCGAUGAAUCCAGAGGAAAAGUGUUCUGUCUACUGAACAUCAGCGGUGACUGUUUGUAUUUUGUAUUAUAAACUAAAUCGGGACCAAUGUAAUGGUAAAUUGUCAAUAGGGCGCCACCACUCGGCAGGCUGAUUCAACUCCUUACCUCUCCUCUGUGGAUUUUUAAAAGGAUAUGAUGCCAUGAUUACGCACUUCCUUUUCAAAUACUAACUAAAUGUUAAGGUUUUUACCACCGUUACCCAAUACCUCUGAGUUUCAUUAUUUAUGUCAUUUAUUAUUAGUCUAUAAUGUUGACUUUCUUAUUGAAACAACUUGAUAACUAUAUUUCAAAAACUAAACUAAGGUCGCAGUAAGGCUGGGCGUUGAUGUCUAACCUCGUCCCCGGUGUGUGUCGAGCGGUUACAAGGUUGACUGCUCUCACCC